UAAAAGCGUGUUUCAGUCUGCUCAUGUUUUAGAUUGUCGAUGCUCGUGUGAAGAAUCAAGAUGAAGAUCGAAGAAGUAAAAAGUACAGCAAAGGCUCAGCGUAUUGCUUCUCACAGUCACAUCAAAGGCCUAGGAUUAGAUGGCAAUGGUUAUGCCAUUCAAACUGCAGCAGGGCUCGUCGGCCAAGAACUUGCACGUGAAGCUGCAGGGGUUGUCGUGGAACUCAUCAAAUCCAAAAAGAUGGCAGGAAGGGCAAUGCUACUUGCAGGACCACCAGGAACAGGAAAGACUGCCAUUGCACUAGCUAUUGCACAAGAGCUAGGAACCAAAGUCCCUUUUUGUCCAAUGGUUGGAAGUGAAGUGUACUCAUCUGAAAUCAAGAAAACAGAAGUGUUGAUGGAGAACUUCAGAAGAGCCAUAGGUUUGCGAAUCAAGGAGACAAAGGAGGUGUAUGAAGGAGAGGUGACAGAACUGUCACCGGUUGAGACAGAGAACCCUAUGGGAGGUUAUGGCAAGACUGUAAGCCAUGUGGUGAUUGGCUUGAAGACAGCUAAGGGCACCAAGCAGUUAAAGCUUGACCCGUCUAUCUACGAGAGUCUGCAGAAAGAGAAGGUGGAGGUUGGGGACGUCAUCUACAUCGAGGCAAACAGUGGUGCCGUCAAGAGACAAGGUAGAUCUGACAGCUAUGCAACUGAGUACGACCUAGAGGCAGAGGAGUAUGUGCCACUUCCUAAAGGUGAUGUGCACAAGAAGAAAGAGGUCAUUCAAGAUGUCACACUGCAUGACCUUGAUGUCGCUAAUGCAAGGCCACAGGGAGGCCAAGAUAUAAUGUCUAUGAUGGGGCAGUUGAUGAAACCAAAGAAGACAGAAAUCACAGACAAACUUCGGAAGGAGAUCAACAAGGUGGUGAACAAGUACAUAGACCAGGGUAUAGCAGAGCUGGUGCCGGGUGUGUUGUUCAUAGACGAGGUUCACAUGUUGGAUAUUGAGUGUUUCACAUACCUGCAUCGAGCCCUGGAGUCCACAAUCGCACCUAUCGUCAUCUUUGCCACAAACAGAGGGAAAUGCACAAUAAAGGGGACCGAGGACAUUGUUGCCCCCCACGGCAUGCCCCUGGAUCUGUUGGAUCGAGUUAUGAUCAUCCGGACCUUACCAUACUCACUGGAGGAAAUGGUCGCUAUUCUGAAGAUCCGGUCACAAACCGAAAGCAUACAGAUUGAUGAUGAAUCCUUGCAGGAGCUUGGCACCAUUGGAACAAGUUCAACACUUAGGUACGCUAUUCAGCUGCUAACACCCAGCAACAUCUUAGCCAGGAUAAACGGCAAGGAAUCAAUAAGCAAGGAAGACAUAGAUGAGAUUCACAAACUGUUCUAUGAUGCCAAGUCAUCAGCGAAGAUCCUUGCAGCCCAUGAAGACAAAUACAUGAAAUAACUACAUCCUACCAUUCAGUCAACAUGUACAUAGACCUUCAACCUUCGCAGUGUUCAUGCUUACCUUGACCUUCAUCAACAAUCUCAUUGCAUCAUCAGUACUUGUGAAUCAGCUGAACAUUGAGUGAAAUAUGAACUUCAGAACGUUUGAAAUGUACACAACUUGUGUGUAUUUGUAUAUUGGCUAUGAAAUUAGCUGGUCAACAUAAUGUUCAAAAUUCUUUUCAAGGUUAUCACAUUAAUUCAUUACAGUGAAUUGUUACGUUUCGUCACUCCUGUCUUCAUGGUGUAGUAUGACUAGUCACCAAUUCAAGUUCAAAGAAAAACCAGCAUUUGUAUUGAUCUGUUUCUCAUUAAUAUUAAAAUAUGUAUGUCUUGUA